CUAUUCCAUGUUUAUUUAUAUAUGUGACACUUUUAAACAAAAUGGCAGCGCCCUAUGUUGACAAAUGUUUUAUUGAGGAACCUCCGUACUGUCGAUUUAAAACAUUAAAACGAGAAAUUCAAGAAAACCUUCCUGGUAUUUUGAAUAUUUUAAGAAUUUUCUCUACAAGUCACAUUCAAAAUGACAAGAUUUUGUCUGAAUUUAAACUUCUAAAAGCUAUGAUUAAUAGAAGAAAUAGACAACUGAGGAGGGCAAAACCUAUGAGAUUUUUAAAACAAAUUAGAACCUGUUUAAAAAGAGUAAAUCAAUAUGAGAAGGUGUACAAGCUGCUAUUAGAUAUAAUGGAAGAUGUGCAAAGUGCAAUUAAAGAAGUGACAUCUGGCAACUCCAGCUGUUAUUUACCUGCUCAACAAACAUGGACUUACCUUUUGUAUUUGCUAUCCAUUAAAGCUCAGCUACUUGAGAAGACUCAAAUAUACUGCAUUGCAGCCUUUGAAGAAUUAAGUCGACAGUUUGUGAUUGGUUGGCUUAUACCACAGAUGCUGACAUUUAUGGGAAUUGUAGCCAGAAUUUGGUUAUUAAGCAGAACAUUGGAAGAGAAAACUAUUACUUUUUACAAUUCGCUUCAUCCAUUUAUCAAGUUAAUUGACAGUACUCAGUCAGCAUGGAAAGAACCAGUGUUAAGUCCACAACUGUUUAACCAAGUCCCUAGUGAUUCUUCAGUUAAUUUAAUGGAAAGUUAUUCUUCACUCACAGAGCAGUCAAAAACAGUUGGCUUAAAAUUUAAUGAAACUGAGUCACUAAGCAAGAACUUAGCAUUUCAGGCUGAAGAAGAUUUAGGGGAGCCACUCAUGAUUCAUGAAUUGGAUGAACAACCAAAUCCCAGUACUAAAAAUGCACCCAAUGAGAGGCCAUGGAAAGGAGAGUUAAAAAACGUUAAGAAAAACAAAAAGAGAAAAAUCAAAAUGCCAGAUGGAUUGUUUGCAAAUGAUUCUAAUAAUUAUAAACAGUCAGAAAUGAAGGAAACUAUUCAUGCAAGUUCUGAACAGAAAACAAGUGAAGAUGUGAAAAGAGCUAAGGUCAAAAAGAAAAAUAAGGAAAAAGCUUUUGAUGAAAUCAGUACUACAAAAAUUGCAGAAGUAAGCAAAGUUAAAAAAACAAACAAGAAAAAAAAAGUUAAACUUACAAAACACAUUCUAAGAUCUUAAAUUGAGAGUUAAUUAAAAAAAAAGUCUCAAGAAAAACUUAGUACCUGAUGAUCAAGAAACAACCUAAUAAACUGCUGAUACAUUAAAUUUUUU